UCCCUAGCUUCACACAACACAAGGAAGGAGCCGCACGGUACACGGAGCCGCCCGUCCUCUUUUUCAGCGACACCCGGAUACCGACACCCUCCUGUCCCCACCACCCAGCCGGAGCCAUGAGCUGGGGCACGGAGCUUUGGGAUCAGUUCGAUAACCUAGAGAAGCACACGCAAUGGGGCAUAGACUUCUUGGACAGAUACGCAAAGUUUGUGAAGGAAAGAUCCGAGAUUGAACAGGCUUACGCAAAGCAGCUCAGAAAUCUGGUGAAGAAAUAUUGUCCAAAGCGCGCCACUAAAGAUGAAGAACCCAGAUUCACCUCUUGGCUAGCUUUCUAUAACAUCCUUAAUGAAUUGAACGACUAUGCUGGACAACGUGAAGUCGUAGCGGAGGAUAUAGGACACAAAAUAUACACGGAGAUAAUGAGAUAUACUUAUGAGCUGAAAGCAGAAAGAAAAUCGCAUCUUCAGGAAGGCCGGAAAGCCCAGCAGUACCUUGACAUGUGUUUAAAACAAAUGGAUAAUAGCAAGAGGAAAUUUGAAAGGGAAUGCAGAGAGGCAGAGAAAGCUCAGCAAACCUUUGAGAGACUGGACAAUGACACCAAUGCUACAAAAUCUGACGUGGAAAAGGCAAAACAGCAGCUAAACUUGCGCACGCACAUGGCGGACGAAAGUAAAAAUGAAUACGCUGCACAGUUGCAGAACUUCAAUGCAGAACAACACAAACAUUUUUACAUUGUUAUUCCACAGGUUUUUAAGCACCUUCAAGAAAUGGACGAGAGAAGAACUACGAAGCUGAGCGAGUGUUAUAAAGGAUUUGCAGAUGCCGAGCGCAAAGUCAUCCCUAUUAUCUCAAAGUGCUUAGAAGGAAUGGUGCUUGCGGGAAAAUCCGUGGAUGAACGCAGGGAUUCACAGAUUGUGGUGGAUUGCUUCAAAUCUGGCUUUGAGCCUCCAGGGGACCAUCCUUUUGAAGACUACAGUCAGCAUAUUUACCGGACGGUUUCUGAUGGAACCAUCAGUACUCCAAAGCAAGAAGUAAUGCGAAAUGACCCCAAAAUGACCGUGGGCAAGGCUAAAGGAAAGCUUUGGCUUUUUGGAAAGAAACCCAAGUGGUCACUAAGGAUGGGUCCAGCCUUAGAAGAUUUCAGCCACCUUCCUCCAGAGCAAAGACGUAAACGACUCCAACAAAGAAUUGAUGAGCUGAGUCGAGAGCUUCAGAAGGAAAAUGAUCAGAAGGAGGCUCUGAAUAAAAUGAAAGAUGUUUAUGAAAAAACUCCACAAAUGGGUGACCCAAGCAGCUUACAGCCAAAAAUUGCAGAAACUAUGAUUAAUAUAGAGAAGCUCCGGCUAGAAAUUCAUAAGAAUGAGACAUGGUUAUCAGAAGUUGAGAACAAAGUGUUGCAGAGAUCAGAGAGACGACACAGCGCUGAAACCAACCAUCUAGUGACACAAGGAAGAGAGAGCCCUGAAGGAAGCUAUACAGAAGAUGCCACCCAAGAAGUUCGAGUCCAGCCCCAACCCCACGUGCACUCAGAGUUUGAUGAUGAGUUUGAUGACGACGACCCCCUUCCAGCUAUAGGACACUGCAAAGCAAUCUAUCCGUUUGAUGGCAAUAAUGAAGGAACGCUGACGAUGAAAGAAGGGGACGUUAUGUACAUUAUUGAGGAAGAUAAAGGAGAUGGCUGGACAAGAGCAAGAAAGCAAAAUGGAGACGAAGGCUACGUACCGACGUCGUACAUAGAUAUUACUCUAGAGAAAAACAGUAAAGGUUCCUGAAGAGGGUUUCUGUGAAUCUGGGCGAGAUGUUGAAGGCGGUUACAUGCAGCUUCUUUAAAGGGGAGGGAAUUAGGCCGGGGAACAUGUGAGAAAAGUAACAUGCAUGAGGGCAUGGUACCAACAUACAUUGUUGACUAACACAGACCUUCCAUUUACCCCUAUGAUGCAUGUUCUGUGCAGUGGAAAAUGCAACAAGGUUCAACCAUUCCAUCUUUUCAUCAUUUUAGCAAAAAUCCCAUCAAAGGUGGAAAACAUACUAGUGAAUGUUAAAUAUCGCUGCGUUUACUGCCUUCAAUUAUACUCUAAGAUAAUCUAGGUAAAAUUCUUCUGUCUCCUGAGCAAUGAUACCUAACAAUGUAAUAAUCCGAGAUUGAUUGUAGUAUCCAUUGUGCAGGAAUCACGCACCUUUCUUUAAUAACACAAGAACACGGAAUAUCAAAGGGUCAUCAUCAUGCCCUAGGAUUUGUGUUUUUAAACCCAAAA